CCUCCUUUGGUGACAUCAAGCCCACAGUGGCAACAAUGGGGUGGAGACGUGUGUCGCUGUGUUUCCUUGCUUUGUCUGUUGCCAUUGUCACUGAUGUUCAAGCCAGACUGGUUCGCAACCAUGUCAACAGCAUCUGCAGCACAUGGGGCAGGGGGCACUUCAAGACAUUUGAUGGCGAUAUAUACCAGUUCCCUGGUAUGUGUGAGUACAACCUGGCCUCCGACUGCCACGAGACCUACCAGGAGUUCUCUGUGCACGUAAGGAGGAAAGAGGAAGAUGGAAACCCUAUAGUCAGUUAUGUGGUGGUCACCAUCAAUGACCUCUCAUUCCACCUCAGCAAGAAUCUGGUCAAUGUGAAUGACGAGCUGGUCAAAUUGCCAUUCUAUCAAGGAGGGGUACAAGUGGAAAGAAAUGCUGUUUACAUCAAGCUCCAGUCCAAAGUCGGCCUCACUGUCAUGUGGUACCUUGGUGAUUCAGUCAUGGUGGAACUAGAUCGUGACUAUGCCAAUCGUACUUGUGGACUUUGUGGAGACUUCAAUGGUGUUGCAGUCAAUGAGUUCAUUCAUAAUGGUCGCAAAAUUAGCCCAAUUGAGUUUGGCACCAAACAGAAAGUCCACCUUCCAAACGAUGAUUGUGAAGACCCCUAUGAAGAGGAAGAUGACUCACGCGAGGCUAGGAGUGUGCCGGAUUCAUGCAAGCAGUUUCAAACCACCUGUGACCAGAUGUUGCAUUCAGAGUCCUGGAGCUCCUGCACCAAACUGAUUGACCCUGAACCUUACAUCCAGACGUGUGUGCAGGACAUGUGUGGCUGCCCCAACACUACAAAUGACUUCUGUGUCUGCAGCACACUGUCUGAGUUCUCUCGAGAGUGUUCGCAUGCAGGAGGGCAGCCUCCCAACUGGAGGACACAUCAGUUCUGUGCUAAAAAGUGCCUACACAACAUGGUUUACGAAGAGAGCAGUUCCCCUUGCAUUGAGACUUGCAAAAAUCAGGGCACAAGUUCAAUGUGUGAGCACCACAGAUUGGAUGGCUGCGUCUGUCCACCCGGUACUGUGUUUGAUGAUAUUUCUAACAGAGGAUGCAUUGCUCAAUCUAAAUGUCAGUGCUACCACAAAAAAAUCUAUAACCCUGGUGAGGUUUACCGACAGGACCAAGAUGAAUGUACAUGUUUGAAGGGUGGAUGGGUUUGUAAGAGCCUUGAAACACCUGCUACAUGUGCAGUUGAAGAGGGCUCACAUGUAACUACCUUUGAUGGGAAAACCUACAACUUCCAUGGAGACUGUUACUACACCCUUGCCAAGGUGGAAAGCAAGGAUGAUGCAAGUCCAAAGUUUACCAUCAUGGUCCAGUUGGUGCCAUGUGCAAACCAAGAGUUUGACACUUGUCUGAAAACCCUUAAAAUCCUGCUGAACAAUGACAGAAACAAUGUAUUAAUGUUCACUUCAGAUGGCACAGUAAAGCAGAACACGCAGCCCAUCAGUUUGCCCUACCACUCAGGGGACAUCAACAUAUUCCAGGCUUCAUCCUUUCACAUCUUGCUCCAGACCACUUUUGGGUUGCAAAUUCAGAUCCAGCAGGUGCCUCUCAUGCAAGUCUACGUCAGACUGGACCAGAGCUACAGAGCAAAGACACGUGGUUUAUGUGGAGACUACAACAUGGUCCUGUCUGAUGAUAUGAAGACACCUCAGGGGAUCGUCGAGGGAACAGCUGUAACUUUUGCUAACUCAUGGAAGUCUAAGGUCACGUGUGAAGACAGAGAGGAAAGACUUGAAGACCCCUGUUCCCUCAGUAUGGACAAUGAGUUGUACGCCAAACACUGGUGCGCCUUGCUGCAAAAUCCAAAUAGUACCUUUGCACAAUGUAGCUCAGUGGUGGAUCCUGAGAUGUAUUACAAGCGAUGUAUUUAUGCUAGCUGUAACUGUGAGAAGAAUGAGGCCUGCCUGUGUGCUGUCCUGUCCUCUUAUGCACGGGCUUGUGCAUCAAAGGGAGUGUUCUUGAAAGACUGGAGAGAGAAUGUGUGCGACAAAUACUCAAAGAGCUGCCCACCAUCCCAGACCUUCUCUUACAAGCAUCAGAGAUGCCAGCUGACCUGUAGAUCACUCGGUUCUAAGCAGCAGAGCUGCACUUCUGACUUCUUGCCUGUGGAUGGCUGCUCCUGCUCUGAGGGUUUCUACCUAAAUGAAAAGGGCAUCUGUGUCCCCAUGGCAAAGUGUCCAUGCUACCAUAAUGAAGAGUACAUUAGGCCAGGAAAGUCCAUCAGCAUCAAAGACGAGCACUGUGUGUGUACCAAUGGAAUGCUUCAUUGUCGUUCUUGGAGAACCCAUUCAUUAACAUGCUCUUCUCCAAAAGUGUUCUUCAACUGCUCCACUGCGGGCACAGCAGAGCUUGGAGUGCAGUGUGCUCGAACCUGUUUAAAUCUGGACAGCAAUGAUUGUGCCUCCACUGAGUGUGAAUCUGGCUGUCAGUGUCCCAGUGGCCUCCUUGAUGAUGGCAAAGGUUCCUGUGUGAAAGAAAAGGACUGUCCAUGUCAGCAUAAUGGGCAUCUGUAUGCCCCAGGAAAAGUAAUUCGCAACAAGUGCAACAACUGUACCUGCAAAAGUGGAAAAUGGGAUUGCACAAAGAAAAAGUGUCAAGGAACUUGCAUUAUUUACGGGAGUGGUCACUACAAUACAUUUGAUCAGCAAACAUAUGCUUUUCAAGGACAUUGUGCCUACAUUGCUGUCAAGAACAAAUGUGGCAAUAAAACAGCACAGGACACUUUUGGAGUUAUCACAGAAAAUGUACCAUGUGGAUCAACGGGCACCACAUGCUCCAAAACUGUCAGAAUCCAACUGGGGCGAAAGGAAAUCAAAUUAUCAAAGGGUAAAUAUGAAGAGGAGGACCUGGAACAUGGCACUCACGUUCCGUACAAAAUAAGGACGACUGGCUUGUAUCUGGUGAUAGAAUCUGCCAUUGGUCUGACAGUAAUCUGGGAUCGCAGAACAACAGUUUACAUCCACCUGGAACCAGGGCACAGCGGAGAGGUAUGUGGCCUGUGUGGAGAUUUUGAUGGCAAUGGCCAGAAUGACUUCACCACCCAGGGUCAGUUGGUAGUGAGCAAUCCUAUAGAAUUUGCAAACAGCUGGAAAGUGUCCAGCACCUGCCCAGAUGUGGAAAUGAAUGGUGACCCUUGUGUGGCAAAUCCCAAUCGACAUCACUGGGCAAAAAUGAUGUGUAGCAUUAUAACUGGAAAAACGUUCAAAGAUUGCCGACAAAAGGUAGAUCACCUUCCAUUUUAUGAAAACUGUGUGAAAGACUCAUGUGCCUGUGACACUGGAGGAGACUGUGAGUGUUUCUGCACAGCUGUUGCAGCUUAUGCUCAAGCUUGUAGUGAGGCUGGUGUCUGUGUUGCAUGGAGAACUCCAGAAAUCUGUCCUGUCUUUUGUGAUUAUUACAACAGCCCAGGUAAUUGCAGUUGGCACUACAACCCAUGUCACACACCUUGCUACAAGACCUGCUUGAAUCCAGAGGGAACUUGUACCAACCCAAUACCAGAACUGGAAGGCUGCUACCCCGUAUGCCCCGAAGAUACGCCCAUAUUUGAUGAGAACAAGCAGAUAUGUGUGGAAGAAUGUGGGGGUUGCUUUUACAAUGGGAAAAGAUAUAAUGAAGGCGACGUUGUUUUCAAUGUGACUGAUAACUUGGGAAUGUGCUACUACGGGAUCUGCAUCAAUUCAACAGUGAAAUUUACAAAUGAAACCUGCUCAACAACAACUGUCCCACCAAUUGCAUCAACAACUACACCCAAAACAACUACUUCCACCACUACACAUAUUACCACAACAACUGAACCGCCAACCACAUCUACAAGACCAACAACCGAACCUACGACUACAACUGUAACACCAACCACAACCACAAUAUCUACAAUCUCACCAACAACUACUCCUUUUACCACUACUACUCCAUGUAUUACAACGUGUGAGUGGUCAGAAUGGUAUGAUGUCCAUAACCCAAAAUCUGACAAAAGUGACUGGGAAACAUAUGAAAACAUCACAAACAGUGGGAAAGAAAUAUGCAACAAACCCAAAGAAAUUGAUUGUAGAUCUGCAGCUGAUCCUGACAUGGACUUCAAUGACUUUGUGAGUCAAACUGGCCAAGUUGUUACGUGUGACGUGGGAUAUGGUUUGAUAUGUAGAAAAGAGGACCAGAUAGCACGUCCAUUUAAGUGCUUCAACUAUAAGAUCAGAGUAUGUUGUGAGAUACAGUCAUGUGGAACGACAACACCUUCAACUCCAUCAACUCCAUCAACAACACCUCCAACUACAACAGUACCAAGCACAACCACAAAAUCUACAACACCAUCAACCCAACCUCCUUCUACAACUGAGGAACCAAGCACAACCACAAAAUCUACAACACCAUCAACCCAACCUCCUACUACAACUGAGGAACCAAGCACAACCACAAAAUCUACUACACCCUCAACCGAACCUACGACUACAACUGGGGAACCAAGCACAACCACAAAAUCUACUACACCCUCAACCGAACCUACAACUACAACUGAGGAACCAACUACAACCACAGAAUCUACAACACCAUCAACCCAACCUCCCACUACAACUGCAGGACCAACUACUGUUUCCACAACUGAAUCAAUAGUAACUGGUUCUACACCAAUUCAAUCUACGCAGAGUCAAAUUUUCACAAAUACUGCACCAACAACAAUAAGUACGCUGAGUUCUACAACACCACCAACCAAACCUACCACAACUGAAGGGACAACCACAACCACAAAAUCUACAACACCACCAACCCAACCUCCUACUACAACAGUAGAACCAACUACAACCACAGGAUCUACAACCUCAUCAACCCAACCUCCCACUACAACUGAGGAGCCAAGCACAACCACAAAAUCUACAACACCAUCAACCCAACCUCCCACCACAACUGCAGGACCAACCACGACCACAAAAUCUACAACACCAUCAACCCAACCUCCCACCACAACUGCAGGACCAACCACGACCACAAAAUCUACAACACCAUCAACCCAACCUCCCACCACAACUGCAGGACCAACCACGACCACAAAAUCUACAACACCAUCAACCCAACCUCCCACUACAACUGCAGGACCAACUACAACCACAAAAUCUACAACACCAUCAACCCAACCUCCCACCACAACUGCAGGACCAACCACGACCACAAAAUCUACAACACCAUCAACCCAACCUCCCACUACAACUGCAGGACCAACUACAACCACAAAAUCUACAACACCAUCAACCCAACCUCCCACCACAACUGCAGGACCAACUACGACCACAAAAUCUACAACACCAUCAACCCAACCUCCCACUACAACUGCAGGACCAACCACAACCACAAAAUCUACAACACCAUCAACCCAACCUCCUACCACAACUGAGGAGCCAACCACGACCACAAAAUCUACAACACCAUCAACCCAACCUCCUACCACAACUGAGGAGCCAACCACGACCACAAAAUCUACAACACCAUCAACCCAACCUCCCACUACAACUGAGGAGCCUACUCCUUUUACCACUACUCCAUGUAUUACAACGUGUGAGUGGUCAGAAUGGUAUGAUGUCCAUAACCCAAAAUCUGACAAAAGUGACUGGGAAACAUAUGAAAACAUCACAAACAGUGGGAAAGAAAUAUGCAAAAAACCCAAAGAAAUUGAUUGUAGAUAUGCAGAUGAUCCUGACAGGGACUUCAAUGACUUUGUGAGUGAAACUGGCCAAGUUGUUACUUGUGACGUGGGAUAUGGUUUAAUAUGUAGAAAAGAGGACCAGACAGCACGUCCAUUUAAGUGCUUCAACUAUAAGAUCAGAGUAUGUUGUGAGAUACAGACAUGUGGAACGACAACACCUUCAACUCCAUCAACUCCAUCAACUACACCUCCAACUACAACAGUACCAAGCACAACCACAAAAUCUACAACACCAUCAACCCAACCUCCCACUACAACUGAAGGACCAACUACAACCACAGAAUCUACAACAUCAUCAACCAAACCUCCUACCACAACCGCAGGACCAACCACGACCACAAAAUCUACAACACCAUCAACCCAACCUCCCACUACAACUGAAGGACCAACCACAACAACAGAAUCUACAACCUCAUCAACCAAACCACCUACCACAACUGCAGGACCAACUACAACCACAAAAUCUACAACAUCAUCAACCAAACCUCCCACUACAUCUGAGGAGCCAAGCACAACCACAAAAUCUACGACACCAUCAACCCAACCUCCCACCACAACUGCAGGACCAACCACAACCACAAAAUCUACAACACCAUCAACCGAACCUCCCACCACAACUGCAGGACCAACCACGACCAUAAAAUCUACAACACCAUCAACCCAACCUCCCACCACAACUGCAGGACCAACCACGACCACAAAAUCUACAACACCAUCAACCCAACCUCCCACUACAACUGAGGAGCCAACCACAACCACAAAAUCUACAACACCAUCAACCCAACCUCCCACUACAACUGAGGAGCCAAGCACAACCACAAAAUCUACGACACCAUCAACCCAACCUCCCACCACAACUGCAGGACCAACCACAACCACAAAAUCUACAACACCAUCAACCCAACCUCCCACCACAACUGCAGGACCAACCACGACCACAAAAUCUACAACACCAUCAACCCAACCUCCCACCACAACUGCAGGACCAACCACGACCACAAAAUCUACAACACCAUCAACCCAACCUCCCACUACAACUGAGGAGCCAAGCACAACCACAAAAUCUACGACACCAUCAACCCAACCUCCCACUACAACUGAGGAGCCAAGCACAACCACAAAAUCUACGACACCAUCAACCCAACCUCCUACUACAACAGAAGGACCAACUAUAACCACAGAAUCUACAACCUCAUCAACCACCCCUCCUACCACAACUGCAGGACCAACCACAACCACAAAACCUACAACACCAUCAACCCAACCUCCCACCACAACUGCAGGACCAACCACAACCACAAAAUCUACAACACCAUCAACCCAACCUCCCACUACAACUCAGGAACCGAGCACGACCACAAAAGCUACAACACCAUCAACCCAACCUCCUACUACACCAUGCUUCUGUGUAGUUAAUGGCAAGCAUUAUAAGCCAGGGGAGGUAAUAUUUUACAGGGAACACCUUGGAUCAGGUUUAUGUCUCACAAUGAUAUGUUCUAAUACUUGUGAGAUUCGCAACAAGACAGAAAUCUGCACCACACCUGUGCCUACAUCUACUCCUACAACCACACCUCCUGGACCUAACUGUCCUGAAUGGGGCGUAGUGCAAAAUGAGACCUUCUAUUUGUGCAACUGCACCAUGGCCAGAUGCAUUGAGAACAAUACAAUUGAAAUAGUCCCUUAUGAAUGUCCACCCCUUGAGAACAUCACUUGUACCAAUGGAAAGAAACCAGUUCUUGUUUAUGACGAGCACUACUGCUGCCAAUAUUAUGCUUGUGACUGUGUAUGUGAAGGCUGGGGAGAUCCACAUUACAUCACAUUUGAUGGAUUGUACUACAGUUAUCAAGGAAACUGUAGUUACAUUUUGAUGGAAGAGAUUUCACCAAAAUAUCAGUUGAAGAUUUAUAUUGACAAUGUCUUUUGUGAUCCCACUGAAGAUGUUUCUUGUCCAAGAUCAAUAAUUGUAUCAUACAGAUCGCAAGCUAUCAGACUCAUCAACCAUAACCUUAAUGGAGCAGUUGAAUUGGAGGCACUGAAAAAUGAAAAACGUCUGAAACUACCUUAUUCACAAGAUGAUAUUAGGAUCAUGGAUUCUGGCAUUAAUUUGGUUUUGGAGAUCCCUCGCCUAAAAGUUGUCAUUACAUUUGGACUAGUUGGCUUUAGCGUUAACCUUCCAUUUCAGUACUUUGGCAAAAACACGCAGGGCCAUUGUGGAACAUGCAACAACAACCAAGCAGAUGACUGCAUGUUGCCUGGAGGCCAGCUGGUGAAAAGUUGUGCAAUGAUGGCCGACUAUUGGCUUGCAAAAGACAUUUCCCCGCCCAGCUGCAAGAUACCACCUGUGCUGCCCACCAAAAUACCUGAACCUGAACCAACUGGAACUUCAUGCACGCCAAGCGAUAUAUGCGGCCUGCUUAAGAGCAGUGUCUUUGCAGCGUGCCAUCCCUUUGUCUCCCCUGACCAUUUCUACCAAGGUUGUGUUUUUGAUAGUUGUCAUCUUUCCAACAAAGCAGUGGAGUGCACAAGUUUGCAGACUUAUGCUGCUGCCUGUGCUCAGGCUGGGGUUUGCAUUCACUGGAGGAACCAAACAACACUAUGUGCAAGCGACUGCCCAUCAAACAAAGUUUACAUGCCAUGUGGUCCUGCAGAACAGCCAACCUGCGAAGACGAUCCAAAUGAAUCAACUUUGAACUUCACUACUGAGGGUUGUUUUUGUCCUGAUGGAAAGAAACUGUUCAACAAAGAGUCUGGCAUAUGUGUUGAUAAGUGUGGAUGUCUUGAUUCUCAGGGCAUUCCUCGUGAGUUUGAUGAGAAGUUUGAGCACAAUUGCCAAAACUGCAUCUGUAAGGAGUCCACCAAGACUGUGACUUGCAAGCCUAAGGUGUGCCCAGUACCACCUGCAGCAAACUGCACCAGUCCAGGGUUUGUCCUUGUCAACCAAGCAAAUCCGUCAGACCCCUGUUGUUCUGUCUAUGUUUGCCAAUGUCAAAGCAACACUUGCCCAGUUUACAACAUGAACUGUCCAGUUGGACAUAUCCCAGUUGUUGAUGUCCCUGAGGGAAAAUGCUGUCUAGAGCAUACCUGUGAGCCCAAAAGAGUUUGUGUCCACAGAGAGACUGAAUACCAGCCUGGUUCUUCAGUUCCUGGGCCUAUAUGUCAAGAUUGCACCUGUACUAAUGAGGUGGAUCCAAAGACUGGUCUAUUCAAAAUAAGGUGUGAGUUUCAGCAAUGUCAAGUGGACUGUGAACUGGGAUAUGAGUAUAAGGAAGGUGAAGCAGAUGAAUGCUGUGGGAAGUGUGUACAGACACACUGUGUCUUCAGUGUUAAUGGUACCAAUCAACUGUUGUCGAAAGGAGACACCUGGUCACCACCUGACAGUAAAUGUGAGCAGUACAUAUGUGUUAAGAGUGGUCAGACUUUAACAACAAUCAGAUCACACAUUGUAUGCCCACCUUUCGAUGAGAGCAACUGCCAACCUGAUACAAUUCAGACCGCAGCAGAUGGCUGUUGUACAACUUGUGUGGAGAAAGAGAAAGCCUGCAAGUUACUAUCCAUGAAAACCAUUGUUAGGCAAGGGCGCUGUGAGUCUUAUGAGGAGGUAGAAAUGCCAUAUUGUGAAGGAUCCUGCAAUACUUUCACCAAGUACUCCCAAGUAGCAGCAGGUAUGCAGCAAUAUUGCUCCUGCUGUAAGGAGACACGCUUCAGCAGGCGUAGUGUUAACUUGCACUGCCCGAAUGGAGACGUGGUUCCCCACUCCUACAUCCAUGUGGAGGAGUGUGGCUGUGACCAAUCAGAAUGCACCAAAGCUGCUGGACACCUUUCUCGCAGGAGGCGAAGCUUACCAUAGUGUAACAAAAAAUCGGUCAUCACAUUAAUGGAUGUGGGCCGUAAAAGUUCUUCCCAUAUUAUUCAUAAUAUAUUGAUUGUAUUAGUGAAAGUAUAGCAAAAGUAUUUAUCAACUGAUCAAAUAAAAAGAUGCAACUCUG